GAGUGAAAGCAGGAGAAUGUGUAGGCUGUCAUUAACGUUCACUCUGUGACUAAAUCCAGAUUAAAGCACUGAAAAUGAACCUGCCUUGACACAAACACGUUUUUUAGAGCGGUUUUGGCUUCAUUCGCCAUGGCUAGACCAAUUCUGUUUUCUAUUUCAGUAGUAAGCGGCAUACUUGUGUGUUUCAUUCACCCUCUACCUGUACAUACACAAGGUCAAGAUGGUUCAUGCGUCCCUGAAAUCAAAGUUCGGAAGAACACUGUUCACACGGCCUCCAGAGAACACCAGUUAAACAUCAUGUGCCCUGUGACAUAUUGUAAAGAGAGUCCUGUUUUUAAAUGGUAUAAAAUUGGUGCUGAAAACAAAUAUACAGACAUCAUUGGAUCAAAUCAAGUAAAAAUUGCACAAGAACCAACAGGGUUGAAUGGCAUCAUCUCAUAUUUGAGCUUCGAGAACAUAUCAACAGAUGAUACUGGUGUUUACAGAUGUAUGAUUUCCACAUCAAACUUUUCAUCAGAAAGCCACAACAUUAAAGUCAAUGUUUCAGACUCCAGUGACCACGCCAAUGCAAACAACACCAGUGGAAUUCCAGGUAAGGUCUCGGAUGUCCGCUGGCUUCUGUAUGUCUUCAUCUGCCUUGGAAUACCCGUCCUGGUCCUGAUUGUGAUGUUGAUCUCUUUCCUGUGCAUAAAUCGAUGUUCAAGAAAAGCUAACAGCCGCAGACACAAAAAUGCAACAUUCUCUCCGAAGCCACUGAGCACCACAACAACAAGAGGAAAGACCCAGGAAUUUCCAAAAGAGGAAAAUAACCUCUAUGAUGCACCUUCGGAUGAUUUGCACUCAGAAACUUUGUAUAUACAGAACGAUCAAGAAUGCACACCAGACACAUGGAAUGGAAACAGCAGGGGUGAUGGUAAUGGAUUACGACAGAUUGUGUACGCAACUCUUCAACAUCCCACACCCCGAGAACCUCCUGCAGUCCGCCAUCAAUCAAGAGAACAGCUAUCGGAGUAUGCAUCCAUACGAAUUGGCUAAAAAAAAAUUAAAAAUCCACACACUCUAGGAAUAAUUUGGAAGGAUUUCAGAAUUUCAUUGAUCUUUGUGUUUAAGAAGCAGGGAAAUCAAUCAGAAGUGCUCUAAGCACUGUGAUAUGCAAAACAGGAGUUGUAAUUACUGUAGCUGUAGUUAAGUGCUCUCAGAGCAGAACAUAUAAUUAGACCCUUAUUGAGUAAAAGAAUUUCCAAGGACUCCAAUUAUGAUCACAGAACAGGUUUUAUUUUUCAGGUUUAAAAACGAUUGUGCAAAUACCACAUCAUACCAUCUUAAGAAUUUAUUCUUGCCAUGAGAGAAUUUCUGAAUGUUUUUGAACGUUCUACUCAGUCAGAUGUAGAUUUGAAACAUCAUGUAUAAUGUUAACAGCACUUCCAUGUCUUAAGUAAAAUUAAAUAAAACAUAAAUAUGCACAAGAGUAUCCAUACUUUUUUAUGACUGAAUUUUAGAUUCAGUCUUUUCAUUUCAAGUGGCUAGCUGGAUUUGGCUUACCUCUGUGAUAAUAAAUAAUAAGCAGAACAACUUUCAUACUAGCUGAUGGUUAUCUCCACCACUAUCCUGAGGUUUAAAAAAAUAAAUAAAAUAAAAAAGCAUAACAGUCACACUUGGAAAACAAACAAACAAACAAACAGUGUUUGAUGGUGGCACGGUGGUGUAGUGGUUAGCACUGCUGCCUCACAGCAAGAAGGUUCUGGGUUCGAGCCCAGUGGCCAACGAGGGCCUUUCUGUGUGGAGUUUGCAUGUUCUCCCCGUGUCUGUAUGGGUUUCAUCCAGGUGCUCCGGUUUCCCUCACAGUCCAAAGACAUGCAGUUAGGUUAACUGGCUACUCUAAACUGUCCAUAGGUGUGAAUGGUUGGUUCCAAGCCCAGAACUGGGAGGGUUGUGGUAGGAAGGGCAUCUGGCAUAAAACUAUGCUUCAAUUACUAUGACAUGUCAUAUUAAUUAUAAUUCUUCUCCCGUACACAUAAGUGGGAGAAGAAUUAUAAUAAUUGGUUGAGCUACAAUAAACUACGAGUUAUAGCGGGAUGGAACUGGCAAAAGUUCUAUGUAGAUCUAGAAGUUUAAUUAAAGUUAUUUAUCUGAAAAAAAUGUGCAUAGAUUGUUGUGAAAAACAUUUAAACUGAAAAAAGGUCUUUUUUUUUCCAUUUUUUUAAACUCUCUUGUGAGCUUCUGUGAGUCUGUUCCCACUGUAGUGUCAGAUUCCUGUUCUUGGCUGAAGGAAGUAUAACCCAAUAUGGUUUCCUGCUGUUGCCCAGGCAUCUGAACGUUCGUCAUAUUGUGUGGUCUGAGUAUUUUUUUCAGCUCUCCAUGAUUAGGGCCUUCCUGAGAACCCAUUCUCCUCUGACCUCUUUUACCAAGAUGACACCUGGAUAACUGCUGCUCACCAGAUGUUUCUUGCAUCAUUCUGCAAUAACUUAAGAGACUGUUGUGUGUAAAAAUCUCAUCUUCAAAAUUAAUGAAAUACUCAACCCAGUCCAUCUGCCAUGGUCAAAGUCACCAGGAUCACAAUUUUCCCCUGAUAUUUGUUGUGAACAUUAACCUAUUAACAGAUAUGCCUGAUGUGCAGAAUUUCUUUCCAUUGUGUUGCUGCCACACGAUUAACUGACUGGAUAAUUUUGUAAAUAUGAUACAUGUGUUCCUAAUAAAGUGUA